AUGAACCUGCUUUGCCCAAUUUGUUCUGAUAUGUUUGUACCUUCCGAUGAUGUAAAUAUUACACCUUGCGGCCAUAUGUUUCACCAUAUGUGCCUCCUACAGUGGCUUGAACGCUCCAAAUCGUGUCCUCAAUGCCGAAACAGAUGUACCGAACCGAGGCUAGUCAAAGUUUAUUUUAAUGUCACCACAAAUCUGGACGCAUCCGAAGACAGCGCUACGUUGUUGCAAAAGCUGGACAACCAGACGUUAAAAAUUCGUGAACAGGAGAAACUUUUGAAAGAUUUUGAGGCAAAGACGACCGAGCAUAAAGGAGAGCAGAAAAAAAUGAGAAAAACUUUGCUGGGGUUAGAAGAAGAGCUAAGAGCAAAAAAUACGAGCAUAUUUGCUUUUAAACAUGAGAUCGACAUGUUGCGAGGCGAUCGAAAGACUCUUCUUAAAGUUCAGGAAGAGUUAGAAUGCACUAAGGCUAAAUUACAGUCGUACGUUUUGGUGAAGCAAGCCCUUGAAGCGACGGCGCAGGAAGUCGAACAGAUGCUGGUCAGUGAUAUGAGCCGCGAUUCAGUUAUUGCAAUGGCCACUGCUCUGAAGCGUGAACUACAGGCACAGGAAAUCAAACGCAAAGAACAGUCCGAUCGCUUGAAACGCCUGCAGAACGAUUUGGUUGAAGAGCGAAGAAAACGGAAAACUCUCGAAGAGAACCUUUCAACAUGUGAUAGUGAAAUUUACCGAUUAGAACAGCUUUGCAAACAACAACAACAAAAAACUGUUGCCGAUACGUCUACCGAAAGCUGUGACGAUGUUCAUCCAGUUGGUGAAGGCGACAAGACACCCAACCAGGAACCGAACGGUCGCCGUAAGCGGCCAAUGCAAGACCUUAACAAAAGUACUCCCAUGUCGGAGAAGGUGCGGAAAAUUGUCUCCUCCAAUUCGCCUUACUUGCGAGUAAAAACGAGCAGCAUCGGGUUAGCCCCGCUAAUGCGUGGAGGUCUCAGCGCGAACCCAACGUUGACAUCAACUGUACAAACAAAUGAUAAACCAAAGGGUAGCAGCACCAAAUAUUCCAUUUUUUCUAAGUCAAGAAUUUCGUCGUCAGUCAGUAGAUACCCACCGACAAGCAAAAUUCCUCGUACUGUUCUAGAUGAAAACGACCGAGUAGAUCAUGUAAUUGAGGAAAACGCCGAUGUCGAUGUGAAAAAUAUGACUGGUUCACAAUUCAAACUAACAUCUUCCACAAUUACUGCACGGCUAAAAACAGGUAAACUUACUAGGCAUCCUUCAACCGUCAGCAGUCAUGCAGCAGGGGAAUUUCCGAAAGUAUUCGAUUUAGAGGUUGGUGAUCUUAUUGAUUAACCGCAUAUGUGCUCUUUUCGUUAGUAAGGUGCUUAAUAAAUAUUUAUGAGAUUUUUAAAGUAGCUUAAUUUCUUCACGCACAUAUUUCACAUACAACAU